UGUCAAAAUAAAUUAUUAUCGCUUUUGAAUUUUUGUUCAUUCUGUCAGUCACUGGUUUUGUUUUUCCAAGUUAAAGCAUUCGUUUUUACUCGUCGAUAAUCCAUAAAUUCGAAGCGAAAUGGAAAGUAUGGCUAAAGAAAGUAAUUUAUCAGAACAAAACUUUGUGCUAGAAGAGGAAAAUGGUACCGAUAAUCAGGAACAAGGAGGUACUCUUCCUUUAGCAGAUUUGCAACCCGUAGAGGAAUUAAUACAGGAUACGGAGGGUCCACUUCCAAAGGACAAAGUAGUUUCGAGUUCAGUGAGUUCCGAUUCGGUAACCGCAGGACUUAAAAAGCCGUCGAAAAGAACUAGAUCAGUUGGCGUAGGAACUGAUGGACUUAUGGGAGCUCAUUCAAUCAAGCGUCGUCUAUGCAAAAGGAACUUUAUGACGCCCUACUUGUGCAACACGUGCCACCAGUUUGUGCGCGGCGGAGUGAUCACCAUCUGCGGCCACGUCUUCUGCUGGGUGUGCCUGUGGCCCCAAGUGGGUGGCAGUGUCUUCCCGCAGUGCCCCCACUGCUUCCACAACCUGACCCUCCACGAGGACAUCGUUCCCUUCAACGGCGAAGGGCCCAAGGCCGAACCGAAUGACAACUGCAUGCUGGCCGAACCGGGUGCGGUGCCUCGACCCACGGGAUUCUACCUCUGCGACCAGCAGUUUCCCCGCUGGUUCCUGGUCAACGAUCCCAUCCAGUUUCGCCACAAUCAACGGGGCUUCCAAGCUCUCACCAAGGAGCGGGAUCUCUUCUCCGUGGUGGUGCUCCUCUCUCUGCAGUUUCCGCGGAUCGGGAGACAGCUGAAGUUCCUUGACUGGUUCCAGUUGGGCUGCGCCACCCUGAUGCUCCUGCUGUGGUGCUGUGUUUCCUUAACAUAAGAGGUGACAGUUUUAUAUUAUUUUUAAUUUGUUUAGAUUUUUAAUAAUGGUUUACGGGUGGGGUGAAUAUAUCUAAAUUUUCAUCUGGAUAAACUCGGCAAUGCGGCAACAAAUUUUUGUAUUUUUGGAUAAACUCAACACAAUAUUCUCUGUAAUUAAACUUAAUAAUUAAACUAAAAUACAAAAAGUUCUAAGCAGAAAAACACAUAAAUAAACCCAUGAUUAAAUCUUA